AACGCUGCCGGGUCACGUGCUUCGUUGCAGCAGCAUCGAGACUCAGACCAGUGGAGGAACCGACGGAAGGUGCGACAGCAGCCUGCGGGCGAGCCUCUUCUCCGGCAGGCACCAUGAACUACGUGGGGCAGCUGGCGGGCCAGGUGCUGGUGACUGUGAAGGAGCUGUACAAGGGGCUCAACCAGGCCACGCUGUCGGGCUGCAUCGACGUGAUCGUGGUCCAGCAUCCCGACGGGACCUUCCAGUGCUCCCCGUUCCACGUCCGCUUUGGGAAGCUGGGAGUGCUGCGCUCCAGGGAGAAAGUCAUUGACAUCGAGAUCAACGGGGAACCCGUCGAGCUGCACAUGAAGCUCGGCGACAACGGAGAGGCCUUUUUCGUCCAGGAGACCGAGCAGCGCGACGAGAUUGUUCCAGCCCACCUGAUGACUUCCCCCAUCCCCACAGAGAAGGCUCUGUUCAGGAGCCGAGAGCCCGGAUGCGGCGGCUCUGCGUCGGAGAACGGUCAGCCUCUGAGUCCGGAAGACCUCCAGCCCUGCUCCCACGCGGCCGGCAAGAGGAGGAGGAGACGCCGAAAAAAGCACAAAGCCGAGCCACGCGAGGAGGAGCAGACCACGCCUGUGGCCGGGGAGCCGGAGCUGUGCGAGCUCAGUUCAGAUGAGGAGCGCGAUGGCCACAACGGACGGGCAUCCGCACUCCCGAUGAUGAAGGACAGUCAUGUCCACAGGCAACAUUCCCCCCUGACGGCCCUGGAAUGGGACAGCUACCCGUUCUCUGAUGGAGACUGGGCCCCUUGCACAAGCAGGGAGAUGUCGGAGUCCAUGUCGCCCAAGAGUGACUCGGAGCUGAUGGUGAAGCCGGCAGAGAGGAUGCUCCGGGCCGAGUCCCACAUGCAGUGGACCUGGGGGGAGUUCCCAGAGUCCACCAGGGUCAACAAAAAGGAUCAAUCGGAGCCAACGAUGGUGACCAUCACUCCCUCUGAGGACACACAUUUCAGGGUGAUCUUGAGCACAGCAGCCAUGGAGGAGAGGGAAGGAGAGAGAAGCACAGAUGUCAUGUGCAGUAUUAUAAAGCCAGAGCCGCGGAUCCUUAGCGACCAGUGCGCCUGCAACCCGCAGCCCCCCCAAGCUCCGUCGACCAAUACCGACAUCGCCCCGCACGAGCGCGACCUUUCAGAUGUAAGGUCCGUCGAUUUGACCUCCGAGCCAUGUCCCACUAACGCUGACCUCAGCACAAAGAGCCCACACGCGACCAGGUGGAAGUCUCCGCCCCCCAGCAGGAGGCACAGCGGAGACUCGGCCGCCUCCUCCAAACCCAGAGACUCCCCCGUCAAGAACAGAGGGAAAGGCGUGAGGAAGAGGAGCCAACACCAGGGGCCCGAAGAUAUUUACCUGGAUGACCUGAAUGCACUCGAACCCGAUGUCGUUGCCCGGUACUUCCCAAAAAGUGAGUCGGACCAGGUUCCUAAACACUGGGUGGAGGUGGGGGGGGGCUCUGGAUCCCAGUCCCCCCCGUCUGUCGGCAGCGCAGCAGCAGACAGCGGCACCGAGUGUCUGUCGGACUCGGCCGGCGACCUCCCCGACGUCACGCUGUCGCUGUGUGGAGGCGUCGGGGAGAACUCGGAGAUCCCUAAAGAGAAAUUCAUGGAGCACAUCAUCACCUACAAUGAAUUUGCAGAGAAUCCAGCAAUAAUCGACAAUCCCAAUUUGGUGGUUAAAAUUGCAAACAGAUAUUACAACUGGACUCUGGCGGCGCCGUUGAUACUUAGCAUGCAGGCGUUCCAGAAGAACCUGCCAAAGGCUACAGAGGAGUCCUGGGUGAAGGAGAAAAUGCCCAAAAGGUCUGGGUGCUGGUGGUUCUGGAGAAGGAGCAGCGUGAAGCAGUUAUCGUCAGAGACCAAGCUGGAGACGCCGGAGUCUCUGCCUCGCCACCCGGACACACGGCAGAAAGCAGCAGAGUGGUCCAGCGACGAUGAGACUAAAGAGCUGAGCUCUGUGGCACCUGCUCCGACACCUACUGAGCAUGUGCAGCAGCCGGAAGGCCCGGCACCGGCACCGGCACCGGCACCGGCCCUUCACUCCUACAAGAAGUCCCUCCGUCUGUCUUCUGACCAGAUAGCCAGCCUGAAGCUGAGAGAGGGGCCGAAUGACGUCACCUUCAGCACCACCACGCAGUACCAGGGGACGUGCCGCUGCCAGGGCACCAUCUACCUGUGGAGCUGGGACGACAAGGUCGUCGUCUCCGACAUCGACGGCACCAUCACCAAAUCAGACGUGUUCGGUCAGAUUCUCCCUCAGCUCGGGAAAGACUGGACUCAUCAAGGCAUCGCCAAGCUUUACCACUCCGUGCACGAGAACGGCUACAAGUUCCUGUACUGCUCGGCCCGAGCGAUCGGCAUGGCGGACAUGACCCGCGAGUAUCUGCACUGGGUGAACGACAGAGGGACCCUGCUGCCCCGAGGACCCCUCCUGCUCUCUCCCAGCAGCCUCUUCUCCGCCUUCCACAGAGAGGUCAUAGAGAAGAAGCCGGAGAAGUUCAAGAUCCAAUGCCUCACGGACAUCAAGAACCUGUUCCUCCCCGACACGCACCCCUUCUACGCCGCCUUCGGGAACAGAGAGAGCGACGUGUUCGCCUACAAGCAAGUGGGCGUGCCCGUGUGCCGGGUAUUCACGGUGAACCCCCGAGGGGAGUUGAUCCCGGAGCAGGCCAAAGGCAACAAGACAUCGUACGGCCGCCUGAGCGCGCUGGUGGAGCACGUCUUCCCUCUGCGGGGCUCGCAGCACGGCGCCACCUUCAGCUGCCCGGAGUUCAGCUCCUUCUGCCACUGGAGGCAGCCGGUCGGCGAGGUGCGUCUGGAGGAGCCGCUCUAACUCAGACGCCUGCUGAUGGAGUUAGUGGAGCUCAGAGCAGGACUGACUGACUGACUGACUGACUGACUGAAUGUUCGGGCGUAUAAUGUCAAUACAGGUUUUGUAAAUGUCAAUUCUGUAUGCGACUGGAAUAGUUUGAUAUUUUCUUGGAAACAUUCCACUUCGGAGAGAAGGUUUGGGAUAUGAAUGUAUUCCAUAUCGGUUACGUGAUCUUUUCAUCCUGGGACGACUCCCGUCAUGCAUUCGUAUUGUGUGUGCAUGAGGUGUAUUUGAAGGCUUUUGGCUCAAAUGAAAGCCAGAGGAUGAGGUAUGAAGUAUGAGGUGUUACACGUGGCUCAGUAUGAAUACAAAAAUACUGACUAAAACUAUAAUAAGCGGUCAUAAAAAAGUACAACGUAAUAUGUAUGGCAGCAAUGUUUUCAUCCAUUUAAGGCCUUACUCUCUUUUUAAUAGUCUUAUUCGAUGUAUUACAUUUAUGUUUCAAAGCUUAUGUUGCACUAUUAUACUAUAAAGAAAAACAUGUGUAAUGAUUCGGCUCAUAGAUAAUAAUUGCAAUACUGCAGUUUAAAGAAAAAUGCACUUUGUGUACUAUAAAUACUGCUGCUACGAGAAGUCAGGAUUUAGGUAGACCGACGGUAAAAAAAUGUUGUAUUAAUUCAUCUUUGCUGAUGUUUGUGCACAACUUGUUUUAAUGUUGCCAUUGUGACAACUACAGUAAAUUAUUGUUAUACUGUACGUCUUUUUAUCCUUUUCACGCUCAAUAUCAGCUGUAAGUCAAAUGUAAAUCCUUCUUUCUAUGAAAGUGAUGAACCGAGGAGAACAAAGUAUUUCCAUGCUCUCCAUUUGUUAGACAUUGAGAGCUGAGCUCAGGAAACUUGAAUUAUUAAAAGUCAUUUCGACGUGAAAGUAUGAACUCUGUACACAUCAAAUUUACUGUAUGUAUUCUGUUAAUAAACUGUUUGAUGAUGCUUUAAUAAAAGAUCACAAGCUGUA